AUGGUGUUCUCGCAAUACCUGCAAACCCUUUGGAGGUUGAUAUCAACAGGCGGCCUGGAUCAAUCUUGCAGCCAGGGGUCUCUGAGGAGUACUGGCGACGAUCGCUGCACGAAGAUCGAAGCUCCGCAGCUCACCGGAUCCGCUGGCUCACAUCUGGAGGGGGCCGGUAUGGGCGCCAAAAUACUACUGCUGGAGUGGCAACUGAAGGAAAAGGAUGAGGAGGCUGCCAAGUGGCGCGCUCAGGCAAAGAUGCUGGAAAUGAACCUCGAAGCUGCUGAUGAUGACUACAAUGACCUCGAGGGCAGCCUUAAGAUACAGACAGACAAGAUCCAGGCGAUGCGUGUGUGCUACGACGCCCUACAAGGGUCUAGCAACGCUAAGCAAGCCCGUAUUCAAGAGCUGGAAGCCACUGUGUCACAGCGCGAGUUUGUGAACCGAUGGCAACAGGAUGAGCUUGGGCGGAUCAAGAGGAGGCUGACAGAGAAGGAGAGCAUAGCAAACGCAAGGAGGCUGCCGCGCGCGCCCCAGGGCGCAAAAUUCCGCGUGAACAGGAACGAGUUCACCGGCGGCGGCCAGGGCUGCAUCUCUGCAGUGACCAUGACUGUCCGGCUGGCCGCCAAGGUCCCCCACCCAGACGCUGAGUCACGCGCUGAGGUGGCGCGUGAGGAAGCUGCCCUGGCAGCCAUCCCGCCGCAUGAGAACAUCAUCGCGGCGGUGGCGUGGGCCUCCAACUCACAGGUGGGCAUCGAGGAGUAUGAUGUGGAGAGCGUGGAGCCGGCAUUCAGGGAGAGGGAUGCGCUGUUGCUGGAGCUGGCAGACCACGACCUGGGGAGAGAGAUCUGGAGUUCCAGACAGACCAGCCAGCCCACCAUCGAGAAGAGGCGGGCCCUCGACAUUGCGUGCCAGCUGACGAGGGGACUGAGGCACAUCCAUGAGGCGGGCUACAUCCACGGAGACAUCAAGGAGGGAAACCUGCUGUGCUUCGGCGAUACCCUCAAGAUCGCCGACUUUGGCUGCGCCAGGAGGCUGUCGGAUGUCAAUGACUGGGAGGGGUCGCACAUCUUCCUGACCCCCGCGGUGUCAAUGAGGGCUGCCAAGCAGGGGAAGGCGGACGAGAUGCGCGCGACCUGCGUAGUUAUCCACAAUCUGAUCAGCAGGCGCAACGCCGUAGCCGUGCUGGACGACCAGUACGAGGGGCUGAGCGGCGAUGACAAGGCGCGGGUGGACGCACAGUGCCGCGCGGUGUACUCUGAGGAGCAGCUGGAGAGGUGCUCCGAUGGGCAGAUCAUGGACCAAGGCCUGCGGCUGGCGGCUGCGGAGCACCUGGAGUUGAUCGGCAUCGACGAGAUUGUGUUGGUGGUGGAGGGUCUGCCGCAGGAGCUGCUGGCGGCAGUGCUGCAGGGCAUCAACCGGCCCAGCACCCUCUGCCUGGACACACUCUACAAGAUGCUGGCAGCGGCCCUGGACGAUGCGCGCUGGGAGCGGCCGGCCUCCCCCUCCACAGAUGGGUGGAGUUUCGCCGGCUGGGAGGCAAAUAAAGCCUCUGGAGACCAGCGCGGCAACUCUGCUGACGAGGACAGCUCCUCUGAUGACGAAGACAUCUCUUCUUCUGACGAGGACAGCUCGUCUGCUGAUGACGGGGACAGCUCAUCUGCCGAUGACGAGGACAGCAGCUCUGAUGACGAGGACGAUGAUGUCACUGACGGGGACAGCUGUCGUGGCAGCUGGUCUGAGGACGUGGACAGCGUGCCCAGCGGUGCAGGAAGCCACAGCAAAGGUGGCAGCUGCAGCCAUGAGGAUAGCAGCUGCGGUGACAGUGAUGAGUGCUGCAGCCUGGCCUCUUAUGCAGUGACACUAUGCUAUGAGGCGGCACUGGGGAGCUGCGAGGAGGGCAGUGGGACUGAGGAGGAGGCUGGCAGCAGCGAUGCACAGGCCAGCAGUGACGCCGAGUUUGCCUUUCUGAUGGCACUCUUGCUGCAGGGACCUUGA